UAAGCUUGAAAACCACUGACAUGCACGACACAGCAGUCGGCCGUCUCUGAUUGGUCGGAACAAUCUGUUUGGAUCACGUGAUAUUGCCGGACGUGGACGUGAGUGGCGGUCCAACUGCUGCACCAUCAUCAUCACCAUCUUCAUCCAUCCUUUGUGCUGUAUCCUCGUCUUAUUCGGCCUCAUUUACUUACACGUUAAUCGUCACACCGUUGAAUUUCUACUGUUGUGAACGCAUAGAGAAGGUAGAAGCUAGCCUCGUGUGCUAUUAGCCUAACGGUCGCAUCCUCUCCUCUCCAUCCGGUCAUCGCUGCUUUGCUGUCGCUAUGGGCUGCUCUUUGCUCCCUCUUUUCGUCGCUGUGUUGGCAGCCCGGUUUGUUGUCGCAGACCCGGAGGAACACGGUCCUGUCGACGGAGCUCCGCCUUCAAAGAUAGCUGUGGUUGGGGCAGGGAUAGGAGGCAGCGCCACUGCCCACUUCCUGCGGCAGCACUUUGGCCCAGAGGUCCAGGUGGACGUGUUUGAGAAGGGAGAGGUGGGAGGCCGUCUCGCCACCGUAACCGUCAAUCACAACGACUAUGAGUCUGGAGGCUCCAUUAUUCACUCGCUCAACCUCCACAUGCAGGAGUUUGUCAAGCAGCUGGGUUUGAAGUAUCGUCGCAACGUGGCCGGAAAGAUGGCGGUAUUUAACGGCGAAGAGGUGAUUCUGGAGGAGACGGACUGGUACCUACUCGACCUGUUCCGGCUGUGGUGGCGCUACGGUAUUAGCUUCAUACGUCUGCAGAUGUGGGUGGAGGAGAUUAUGGAGAAGUUUAUGAGGAUCUACAAAUACCAGGCCCACGGCUACGCCUUUAGCUCCGUAGAGGAACUGCUGGACUCUCUCGGGGGCAGCGGCUUCAUCAACAUGACCCGGAGGCCGCUGUCCGAUUCGCUGCUGGAGCUGGGUGUGUCCCAACGCUUCAUUGAUGAGGUUAUCGCACCCGUGAUGAGGAUCAACUACGGACAGAAUGUCAGCAUCCCCGCCUUUGUAGGAGCUGUGUCUUUAGCUGGUGCCCAGAACAACCUGUGGGCGGUGGAAGGAGGCAACAAGCUGGUGUGUUCAGGCCUGCUGAAAAUGGCCAGUGCUAACCUGCUGGAGGCACAGGUCAACUCCAUCUCUCCCAUCCACUCAGGAGAGGGACUCCAGUACCAGCUGAGCUUCACCACGGCAACUGGGACGGCAUCAGAGCUGUAUGACAUUGUAGUGUUGGCGACGCCUCUACAGGCUAGCGUCGGGUCUGGAGUCCAGUUUCAAGGUUUCACGCCUCCGUUUGAUGAGCUGCCUGGCAGCUAUCACAGCACUGUAGCAACCAUCGUCCAUGGUUACCUCAACACUUCCUUCUUUGGGUUCCCGGACCCCCGUCUGUUCCCUUUCGCCAGCGUCUUGACGACCGACACACCUGAUCUGUUCUUUAACAGCGUGGCUAGUGUUUGUCCCGUCAACAUCUCAGCAGGGUUCCGGCGUAAGCAGCCGCAGGAGGCUGGAGUCUACAAGGUGUUCUCCCCACAGCUGCUGGAAAAGACUCAGCUCAAAACGCUAUUCAGGUCGUACUACUCAGUGCAGGUGACGGAGUGGCAGGCCUACCCUCGCUACAGCAGCAGCCAGCGACUGCCACCUGUGGAGCUGCACCCCAAUCUCUACUACCUCAAUGGGAUUGAGUGGGCUGGUAGCGCCAUGGAGAUGAGCUCAGUGGCUGCCAAAAACAUCGCCCUGCUAGCCUACCACCGCUGGAAUAGACAGACAGACAUGGUGGACCAGAGAGAUCUGGUGCACAGGAUCAAAACCGAACUAUAACCUCACAAACGAAUGCUAAGACCCAGAUGGGUAAUGUGAUGUAUGUCUGAGUGUAUGGUGUCACCCAACCAAAUUAUAAACUUUUUGUGAUUUUGACCAGUGGCAAGCGAAUUUAGAUGUCCAUUUAUAUAAUAUAACCGUUCGUGAAUGCAUUGAAUUUAUUCAGUCAGUACAGUAAGUUGAACAUAACUUAACCCUGCUGCCUCCUAACUAAACGUAAACAUCAAAAACCAUAAAUCAAGUCAUUAUAUUGGCACCAUUAUCUGACAGAUAAUGGUGCCAAUAAUCUAACAGACUAACAGACUCUGGUCCUGCUCUGCUACUCAAAAGGCCUGUUUCACUUCAUUGAUUCUCUGUGCCACAUAAAAGAGACAUGUUGCAGUUUUGUUUGUGGAUUUAUUGCCGAUGCUAAUUGGCAGUUUCCAUCCAAAAAUGAUGCCGCAAGGACCUUUCCUUUGCCAAGAAAUAAGAAAACCAAGCAAAUGUGGUGAACACCAGCUGGCGUGCUGUAUACUGUACGGACUGUUAGGAGGUGGUAGUGCUGUUAAUGAACGCCAUUUAAUAUAAAUACCAGUUUACGGCUUUGGUACUGCUCUUCUUAAACAAAUGUUUCUGUUUCCAAGCCAAGAAAGCGUUUAGAACAAUAAGCUGUUGUAUAGUACGUAACUGAUUUAACUUUGUCAUCUAAUCAAAACCACAGCACUGCUGCUGCUACUCUGUAAAUGUAGGGACUGUUAAUGGACUGGUUGUUGCCACCAAUGAGAUCUCAUUAAAGUAAUCUCAGUAGGAUUUCUGUAAAUUAAUAAUUAUUCACCAACCCAUGGUAGUGGCCACUGGUGCAGUGCUCUAUUGUCUCUUUCAUCAUUAUCUCCCCUUCCUGCUGCUUUUGUUGCAUAAUCCAGCGGAAAUUUUUUUUUUUUUCUUCAGGGAAAUGAGCCAGCCGGCUUUCACAGCGGACUGAAUAAAAGCAGAGGACAGAUCCUUGCUGCUGCUGCUGCUGCUGCUGACCACAAAUGUUUCCAUUUUCUCGCAAGCAUUAAAAGCGUCAGUGGGAAAAAAGCUUUUCUGCUGAGGACUUUAAUCAUGUAAAGCACACACAUGAAAAUUUUGGGUUUCACUUUCAGAAUGGGGAAAAGGUUUGUACGAAGACACAAUGAGAAAUCGCUGACAGCUGAUUAUCUUCAUGUGACUGAGUAGUCUUGUUUUCUGAAUUUCUAAUUUAUCUACACUGGAUUUGGGCUGAAGUGGAUUUCUAGAAAACCUUGUGACUCCAAAGGGCUUCAGUUGAUGGAUAAUGUGAUUUCUGUUGUGUGUUGAAAAGUGGCUGAUGACACUGAUUUAAAACACUGUGAUGGCCUCAGAAUCAAUGUGGUGGAAACUGUGUAUUUUUAGCCCUUUUUUUCUUUUUCUUUUUUAAUUUCAAAUUUCAAAAAUUGCUUCUUUAGGUAUAACAGUAGAAUUUGUAGCCCCAGUACUUGUAUGUAAAUUUUCUAGCAAAUACACAUCUCAAUACUGUUCAGACUACUUGUCUGUGUCAGCUGCAAAGUUCUGAUCAUGAAAACAUGAUCAAAUUAAAGAGUAGUGAGACGAAUGGGGUCUGAAAUUGGAAUUAUCUGGCAAACUCCUGUAUUUAUGGUGUUAAAUGUUCCCAUUCCAAUUUGUGCACUCUGAAUAGUACAGUAGUACUUAAAUUAGGGGGGGAGGGGGCCACAGUGCUGAUUUUCAUCUUUAAUUGAGUGAGUUUAUCAAACGUGUUGCAUUAACUGUUUGGAAAUUACAGCAAUUUUUAUACAGAGUUCCCCAGAGGCUCAAAAGUAAUUGGACAAACAUAAUUUUAAAUACCAGAAUUGUUUUAAAUACUUUGAUGAAAAUUGUUUGCAGUCCAAUCCUCUGAAGUCCAGAACCCAUGGACAUGACCAGAUGCUGUGUUUCCUUCUUUUAGAUACUCUGUAAGGUCUUUACUGCAGCCGCCUUCAGCUGCUACUUGUUUUUGUGUCUGUGGCUUCACGCUUGUCUUCAGUAAAUGAAAAGCAUUCUUUAAUAGAGGUCAGAUGUUGUAAAGCUUUUUUUCUUAACCAUUGGAAAUAAUUCUGUCAUAAUGCACUUUAGUUGUUUUCUGUGAUCUUUCAGGCCUUUUGAUGUUUCCGAGUUGGUCAGUGCAUUCCUUCUUUUUCGUAAUGUACCAGAUUGUUUAUUUAGCCACUCCUAAAGUUUUUCCCGUCUCUCUGUAUGUUUAUUUUGGUUUUCAGCCUAAUGAUGUCCACCCCCACAGGCAUCAAGUAUUUCUUCUUACCUGAUAUAGAGUUCCAGUGAAGAUCUAUCAAAUGGAAGGUUUACACUUUGAGUCAGCUCCACAUCUUUAAUCUGGCCAUCAAUGUGCUUGUCGGAUUAUUGUCCAACUAAUUUUGAGCCUCGGAAAAUGAAGAACUGAAUAAAAAUGUCUGCAGUUCCUAAUCAGUUAACAAAAUGCUUGUUAUUGUCCAAAUACUUAACUAACUGUACAUGACCUUAUUGGUUUGUAUACAGCGUGUUAUUCUUGUAGCUGGCUGGUAAGGCAAUUUUACCUACUUGACAUCCAGCUGGGGAGUUCAGUCCAGUGAUUCCUGUCCUUGGGAUCAAGUCCUCCAUAUGAGAGAUCUGAGGGGCUAUUGAGGGGGCUUGACCACCUAAAGACUUGGUAACAAUAAUGAGCUGAGGGCUAUUUCUGUGCUUGAGGUCAGAUGCCUUAAUUCAUUCGGAACCAACAAGUUAAUGUUUAACAAAGUGUUUAAUUUCACAAAAUGUCAUACACUGAUUGUAAAAUAUUGUACUUGCCAAAAUUUUUUUCUUUUUGAAAUGUAAAAAUGAAGUGGCAUUAAUCAACAUGUUGCAUUUAAUCUUUCUGAUGCACAUAAUAAUGCAUUUUAGAGUAAUUUGCAUUUUUCUCUGACUGUUAAUAGAAUAAAAGUUAUUCUAUUGUA